CAGGAAAAUGCAAGAAUGUGGCUCGUAGUGCUUCUGCUUGUCGGAGUUCAUCUUGCUUAUGCUGGAAAACACUCUCUGACUCUGAGAUACUUCUUCGCUGGUGUGUCUGGAGUCAUUGACUUCCCAGAGUUCACUGCAGUUGGUCUGGUUGAUGACGAGCAGUUUAUGUACUUUGACAGCAACAUAAAGAAAGCUGUGCCAAAGACAGAGUGGAUCAGACAGAAUGAAGGAGCAGAUUACUGGGACAGACAGACUCAGCCCCUGAUUGGCAGCCAUCAGACCUUCAAAAACAACAUACAGGUCCUAAAGGAAUGGUUCAACCAAUCAGCAGGUUUGCACACACUCCAGCGAAUGUACGGCUGUGAGUUUGAUGAUCAGACUGGAGCAACAAAUGCAUUCAAACAGUAUGGAUAUGAUGGAGAGGACUUUGUGUCUCUGGACUGGAAAGAGCUGAGAUAUAUUUCUACAGUGCAGCAAGGAAUCCAAACUGCACAGAACUGGAACAAUAAAAGAGGCUUCCUUGAGAAUGACAGAAAUUACUACAGCACUAUUUGUAUUGAGUGGUUGAAGAAGUAUCUGCAGUAUGGAAAGAGCAGACUGCAAAAAACGG